AUGGCGUUUAAAGUUAUAAAACUUCGACCAUGUAAUAUAGACCCGAAAAAAACAUGUGUAAGCUCCUUCAACAGGAGCACAGAUUGUACUGAGGUCUGGAGUCAGCAGUCAUCACUGGGCAAAUGCCUUGAUUCUGAGCAUGUUAAAGCUUUGCUGGAGAGAAUCGUGAUUACAGGACACAGCCUGAUGCCAAGUGAAAGCAAACAUCAUAACCGUAUGGAAAGCAAAGAUGAAUUUGGCAAGAAAAUUGAACUGGAAAUGCAUCUAAAACCUCAAGAAGGAAAAGAACCAUGCAGGCUUAAUCACAGCGAUAAUUUAAUGCUUCACUUUAGCGUCCUGACUGAUCAGUUAAAUCACAUUGGCAAAGGAAGAAUGAAUAUGUCAGCAAUACAUAAGCAAGUAUACACUGGAAAGAAACAAUAUAAAUAUGCCAUACAUGACAAGGGUUUCGCAAGCAAAGUAAAAUUAGCAGCAAAUAACAUUACUCAUAUUAGACAGAAACUCUUUAAAUGUACUAGCCAUGAAAAACGUUUUACACAGAAGUCAAGAGUAGAAAAACAUCAGUAUAGGCACACUGGUCUGAGACCGUAUAAGUGUGCUACAUGUGGGAAGGGGUUUACCCGAAGGUGUCACAUAGCAAGACAUCAGCAUUCACACACUGGGCAGAAACUUUAUAAGUGUGCUACAUGUGGAAAGGAGUUUGUAUGGAAAUGUGACAUGGUAAGGCAUCAGUAUACACACACUGGUCUGAAACCUUAUAAGUGUGAUACUUGUGGAAAGAGGUUUACACAGAGGAGUCACAUAGCAAGGCAUCUGUAUACACACACUGGGCAGAAACCUUAUAAGUGUGCUACAUGUGGAAAGGAGUUUGUAUUUAAAUGUGAAAUGGUAAGGCAUCAGUAUAAACACAAUGGACAGAAACCUUAUAAGUGUAGUACAUGUGGAAAGGGGUUUGCAGAGAAGGCUUUUGUGUUAAAACAUGAGCAUAUCCAUACUGGUCUGAAACCUUUUAAGUGUGCUACAUGUGGAAAGGGUUUUUCAUGGAAGGCUAACAUGGUAAGCCAUCAGUAUACACACACUGGGCAGAAACCUUAUAAGUGUACUACAUGUGGAAAGGGGUUUGCACAGAAGAGUGGCAUGGUAAGGCAUCAGUAUACACACAAUGGGCAGAAACGUUAUAAGUGUGCUACAUGUGGAAAGGGGUUUACACGGAAGGGUAGCAUGGUAAGGCAUCAGUAUACACACACUGGGCAGAAACCUUAUAAGUGUGCUGUAUGUGGAAAGGGGUUUACACAGAAGGGUAACAUGAAAAUCCAUCAGUAUACACACACUAGGGUCCUAAUGCAGAGAUGAAAUGUCAGCAAGCAAAGGAGAGUAGUAGUGUUGAAACUGAAUUUGUCCUCAAGUCUUGGUGAGUA